UAUUUUGCAAGCCGCAUCGUAUUGUUUGUUCACAAUCAUAAUUUUGCGUGAAUAUUAAUUUUGGAAAACCAGAAAGUGUGCCAGUGGUAGCUUUCUUAUUGGACAGCGAGGAUUUCACCAUUUACAGCAAUGGAGGAUACCACUAUCCGUAUAACGCAUUAUGUUAAUCCGCACAUGUUUUGGUACAAGCCGGUAUCGGCUUAUGUGCACAAUCUGGAGGAAAAACGGUUCCAGCUGGCAAUUGAUGAAUACUGCGAAGAGAAUUUUGGCCAUCCAAAUGCCAACCGGGACUAUGACGCCUUCCCGGGCGAGACCGUUGCUGUGCUGGACUUCGAUCGGAAUAAAUGGUGUCGCUGUAUUGUGGAUGAGGUCCUUGACUCCAAAGAUGGCGGUGAGAAACGGUACAGACUAUGGGCAAUAGAUGACGGUGUACCGAUUCAGUCGACUGCGCAGUAUGUCAAUCUAUUACCGCAGAAAUUUUUGUGCGACGUAACCAGUAAAGUCAAGAGGGGUGCAAUUAAAAACAUUCUUCCCUCCGAAUGCGUUUACGACCCCCAUUCGGAUAAGCUGAUCUCGAAGAUUACACCGCGCUGGGAUGGCAACGCCUGCAGUGUAUUGCAAUCGAUUAUUCAAAACGCAGGCAGUAUCUAUUUUCGAAAUGUUACCAAGCACAAGGUGCAUAACGUGUUGGUUAAUUUUGGUGAUUUAGAGAUCAUUACACAGAAGGACAAUCGUUUCGAUGCUACUCGAGUCUUGACGGAAAUUCGUCAAGCAACCGAAGUGGAGCCCCGAGAUUUUAUUACGAGACUUUCGGAAAUUCAAACAAUGAGUGCAAAUCGCUUUCUAUCAGGCGACGUAAAUGCCAAUUCCCGGAGAAGUAACAAUAAAGUACAUUCCGCAAGCCCGCACAAACCUCGUUACGAUAAUGGGCGUAAUGGGCUUAUCAAGCUCGCUAAUGGCGAGGGAAAUUACGAUACUCAGGCCCGCGAGAUGGAAUUGAAUGGGGUCGACGAAGAAGAUUUUGAUGAAAGUGCUAGCAUGAUAAGACCCAAUCAUGAUCGAGAAUAUGCUCAACAGCAGCCGUCAGUUGAGGCCAUUGCGGAGAAUUCCCAUUCUGAGGAAGAGCUUUACCCAGUGGCCUCCAACCGAGUUCAGAAUGCUAAGAAUUUACAAUACGAAAUGCACCUCUGGCAGCAGAAACCACGUCCAGUUGACCCAAAAACGAUUACCAAUUUACAUAACAGCACUGAUCGUCUGUUAGACAAUUCUAAAUCGAAAAGUUCUUCAUCUAGUAACUCCCUUGACAGGCCGGCAAAUGGCGGCGAGACCAAACUUGACGACUCGCUAGGAAAACCCAAAUCAACGGUCUCUUUUCUGACCAAAUUGGAACUCCGCAAAAAACAGCGAGCAGCGCAAAAACCAACAACUGUUGAUGAAGAACCUGGACAAAAAUCCCCUUCGCUUCAGCCAGCCGUCGGCGAACGUUAUUCGAACAUUAACAUUAUUCCUGCUGGAUUUAACAUGGGAAAGGUUGCCUUUGAUAGUGGGCGUGUAGUGGCCGGUGAUUCUUCCGAUUCCUCUGAACGCAAGGCUAAGCAGCGUACCUCUCCUAAAAUUCGACUGAGGGAACAAACACAACAGACGCUGCCGGUUCGAUCGCAAAGCCGUCACUCGUCUUCGGACGAGCAGCAACAGCAAGAGCCACGAAACCAACCAGCGCACCGCAACGAGUUCUCCGAGACAAAUGGUCGUGUUUAUGUGUCGAAAAAUGCGAGCCGUUUCGAUCAGCUUAUCGAGGAGGAAGCAUGUGUCCGGUCGCGGCUGUGCCAUCAGCGGUUGCUAGUCCACGGCAAACGGAUUCCGAAGCCAAUCGAUCGGGUAGAGAGCGCCAACUUCUGCUCGGAGGUACACCGUCAGCUGGGGAUGUUCAACUUCAGCUCGAUCCAUCGCGUUCAGACGUACUCCUGGCCGCAUAUCCUGCGGGGCAAUUCGUUUUUCUGCGUGAACGCUGCCGGAACAGGAAAGACGUUUGCGUUUUUGCCAGCGAUAUGCUCGUCGGUUAUGAAAAUGCUCGAUGAGAAUCUGGUAGCGAAAGGACCGGGACCAAUAGCCAUUGUCAUUUGCAAGUCAUCCAGAGAAGUACAAAGAGUGGCGAGCUACUGUCGAAAGAUACUCAAUACGUCAAUGAAUAGAACGAUGGUAGUAGUGGAAGCGUUCGGUGCCCGAGAGAUUACGAAGGCUUGCAACCUGCUGCUGAAUGGAUGUGCGAUUUUAGUUGCAACUGCGCCCGCUUAUCGGCGAGUAUUCGAGAGCAUGAGUGAUGCUUUCACUAAAGAACGGAUCCAGUGCGUUGUGAUUGAUAAUAUAGAUAGCAUCAUUGAGCGGUUUGGUAGUGAGCUUCAAUUGCUUUGUAAAAACUGUGAUAAGGUUGAACUACAGAUGGUUGUGACAGCUACAUACUGGAAUUCGUUGUUCUUUGGUUUCUUGAAAAAGUACAAAAAUAUGAUUAUCUGCAUAGGAGCAUAUCUUGAAGCAGCCAUCUAUGGUAAAUCAAAUCUGAUCUUGAAAUUGCAAACGAAGGAGCAGAAAAUUCCGGAAAUUAUUCGAUUCGUCAAGGAGAAUGACUAUCAUAACGAGCGGACGCUGAUUGUGUGCAGUGAAGCUAGUGAAGUUUAUGAGGUUGUUGAACAGCUGAAAACGCACUCUAUCCCUCACUUGUUUUGCAAUGAUCAGACAACCCUGACGAAAAUGGAUGGUUUCAAAGAAUGGGACAAUCAGCUACCGGGUGAAAUGCACGUUAUGGUAUGUUACGAUGCCGUACUACCGGACAUGGAAAUUUAUAAGGCGCAGCACAUCAUAAACUAUUCUUUGCCGAAGUCGUGGACGAUGUUUACACGCAGAUUUGCUUGUUCGUUUGGUUAUUAUGAGGAUCCACUCCGUGAAAAUGCCGGCAAGCAACAAAAGACAGCGUCGUCCCUUAUACUUCUUGAUGAGAAUAAUAACGAACAGCUGCCGAAGCUAAUCGAGUUCCUACGGAUACAUAAUCAGGACGUGUCGGAGCCCAUCAUGAAAUUAACAAAUAAUAUCCGCAUCCAGCAGGAGGAGGAAAAGCUCGCAAUUGGCAAUCCGAUAGACUUUUGUUCACAGGUUUUGGAUUUUGGAAAGUGCCGCAAUACUGGCUGCACGAAACGACACGUUUUCACCACUAAAGAUCUCUCGCUGGGCAUUCUGCCUUCUACUGGCAUUGUCAAGUUAAAAAUUUACAACAUUUUUUCACCAACGCACUAUACGGCGCGAGUGCUAGAACACCGAGACUACGGAGCCACCGGUUGGACCACGGUAAACGACGCGCAGGAAUUUUUCGCUCUCGACAUGGAAAUUCAGACACAUUUCGCAAACGAAGAACUACACUGCAGCCACGGUGACGUACAUUUCAACGACUGGUGUAUAAUUUAUGAUGAGUUUCGUUACUGGCGCUGUCGUAUAAUGAGUAUUGAACCGAAAAAAGAAAAUGCUACCAGCAGAAAGUUGAAAGUUAAAUUACUGGACGUUGGUCGCACUAUUGACUGUAUGUCUUCGGAGCUGUUGUACAUACCGGAAGAGUUCUGUCGGCUUCCAGCACAAGCCAUUGACAUUCGUAUCGUUGGUGUUGUCCCGCAUGAUUACGAAACUGACUGGGAUAAGCGAGCUACCAUUACCAUUCGCGAGUGGAUCGAAAAAUAUACCGCCAACGAUAAGUUCCAUGUCGAAGGCAAAGUGAUGCUGGCAAUUCGGGACACAAUUUGGGUCGAUACAAUACGUCUAGUUGAACAUUUGAAUGGAAUCAAUACAGAUAUUCACGAAAUACACGUUAAAUCCGAGAUUGUGGGCAAAAAUUUUGGAGUAACGGAUAAGGAACCGUUGGAACUAUUAACUGCGAUGGUAGAAAACUGUGAAGCAUACAGAAAACGUGCCCUCGAUGCAAUGGCAAUAGAAGUUGAUGAAUUACCGGACGAAGGCAUUGCCAAUAGCAGUAAAUCUGAUGACGAAACCGAAACAAAUCAGUUUUUUCCCAACGGUACGAGGCUUAUGGAGAAGGAUAAGCCUACGCCACCCUCUCCUGCACUGCUGAAGCCUAUGGAAUGCAGCGAUACCGAUUCCGAUGAUUGCUCAUCGGAGCCCCCGGUACGAAAUGAUAAUGAACUGGUACGGGCACUCGCAUCGUUGAAUGUCAACGAUACAGGGAUCGAAGAGCAGAAAACAAAGAAACGACCAGAUUUCAAUGAAAUUUAUGAUGAAAUUGACAUGGAAACAUCUUACGAAGUGUUCAUUUCACAGUACUAUGCUCCAGACGAUUUUUACGUGUGUCGAGUAGAUAAAUUUUCCUUUAUUGCAACAAUGAUUGCAAAUUUCGCCGAGGAUGAAACCAAUCUUGUUCCACUGACGGAAGCCCAAGUCGAGGAUUACUGCCUGGUGUUUUAUGACAAUGCGUACCAGCGUGCUAAAAUAACGCAUGUCGAGUCUCGUGAUAUUCGAGUGUUUUUCUUGGAUCUCGGUGGCUACGACACCUACGUUUCAGUGGAUCUGUUUGAGAUGCCUGAUGAUCUGCUCAAAGCGUCACCUUUUUGCGCAAUCAAAGCCGGGGUGGCUUGCUUGCAGCCUCGCGAGGACGAGACUCAGGGAUGGGAUCCCGAAAUCGGAGAUAAAAUCUACGACCAGGUGUUAGCUAACUAUCGAACAUUUGAUGCGAAAGUAGUGGAAAUUGUCAGUAAGCCACACGUGGAUCCUUUAGUUCACUGCAAAUCGUAUCGAUUGUUGUUGUUCGAUCCUGAAAACGAACUCGAAUCUUGGAUUUUUGACGAAAUUGUCGAGCUUAAAUUGGCGCGCUACAUUGAAGAUGAAAGACCUUAUUCGAUUGAUAUAAACUUUGGAGAAGAUGAUUUCCGACAAUUCUUAGAUCCUAACUACGAAGCACAGAAGAAAACUAAGGACGUUGAUUUCGAAGAAGCGCGGAUUGAGGAAAUUUCCGAAACAAAUCAAGAAGAAGUAACACAUUCCGAUGUUAAAUCAAAAAAAGCUUCAUCUAAGCUAACUUUACUGAAGCAGCGGAUACGAAAAAAGAAAACUGAAAAUAUGCCCGCUUACCCGCGCCUAAAAUGUGAUUUCCGAAGUCCCAAGACCAUUUGGCGACAAGACGAAUCUCUCAUAGUAAUCCGCAUUGCCUCACCGGAGAACGUAGUAUACGAUUUGUGUGUAGAUUCCGAGUCUCUGCAGGUAUGCUACGUUCUCGAUGAUGAAAAGUACCUUCUGUCGAUUGUUUUCUUUGGCGCCGUUCUGCCAGAGUUGACCGUGCAUGAAGUUCGCGGUCUGUCAAUCGUUGUUCGUCUAGUUAAAUUGGUUCCGUCAAUGCAUUGGCCCUCCGUUAUGCGACACGGUGACAGGGUUCCCUGGCUUCAACAAUGCAUCGAAGUGCCAUAUGCAGACGAAACCGACGCAACGGACGGAAUGCAUCGAACGUUCCCGACCGUUCCUAAUCUUGAUGUUCCCUCCAAUAGCUCUAGUGAUGAAGAGCCGGAUUUCAGCGACCAGUUUGAUAGGUUUGACCCGAUUGAGGACGAUUAUUUCAUGGGAGACGACUAGAGUAGGUUGUUACUUU